AUGCAAGAUCUGCAGAUGGAACGUAUAUGCAAGAUCUACGUACUCUUGAUGAGAGACUAUACUCCACAAAAAGGCACCCAUGUUUGUAUCAGCCCGAGGGUUGAGACUUGCUUUGGAAACAAUCGUUACCUGUUUGGACCUGCCACAGGGAUCAGCUUUGCACAUACUCUGCCUAUGAUGAAGUUGCUCUUUUCUUGGCGCUGUCUGGCCAACGUAAUGCAUGGGGCGACUUUCCCCGUUUAUGAUUGGCAGAAGUUCCUGACGCAUCCUUUUGCAGACUUCUUCUCCUUGCCAUGGGAGGAGUUUGUCUUGGAGCACAAUCGACACCACGCAAGCACUGUGGACCUGUUGAUCCAGGGGGAGUUUGGUUGGGAUCCAGAGGAGUUCCACUAUGCCUUGCAGCAGUGGGCAGGGCCUUUCAGCACAAAUUGGUACAAGUACAUCCUUACAGUCCCAUGGUUCCUUUUCUUUUUUUGGCAACGUUUUUGGCCCUAG